UGGAGGCAAGGACAGGGUAAUGUUGUUGUUGGGGUCCUAACACCAAGUGUCUCUGACGAGGAUAAUACUCCUGAUUCAUUUUACUUCAAUAUUCUUCCCUUUGCUGAGGAUGUCCGGGAGUUCCAGUUUCCUUCUUUCAUCAAUCUGCCUUCAUCAAUGCAGCCAAAUGAAAAGCAACAAGAGGCAGCAGAUAAAUUGGUUCAGAUGUUGGAUCUUGCACCAACCGGAAAACAGGAAAUUUUGCCACCUGACUUUACAACUAAUCCUGUUCUGGAGCGUUACUACCGCUAUCUUGACUUGAAGUCAAAGCACCCAGAUGCAGCUGUUCCUCCACUUGAUGAAACCCUCAGAAAAAUAACAGAACCUGAUGUUGAACUUCUUUCUCGAAACAAGUCCAUCAUAGAGGAAUUCCGUAGGUCUUUUGAACUAAAAGAGAAUCCAAAGCUGAAAAAAUCAACUAGAAGAAUUAUGAAAGAGAGACCUUCAGGAUCAGAUGGGGAAGGAGAAGAGUUCGACAAAGAUGCUGAUGCCAAGGCUAUUGACUCCAUAGGAUACUCAUCCAAAGACAAAGUUGAGAAAAUUGGAGACAUAAAUCCUGUUAAAGACUUUGAGGAGAUGAUGUCUCGAAGAGAUAAUCCACGAUGGAUUAGUAAGGCCAUUCAGGAUAUGAAAAAUAAGACCUUUGAUCUAGUAGAGAAUUCUUGUGAAGGCGAUACAUAUGAUAAAGCAUUGGAAUGUUUAGUGGCUCUACGCAGAGGUUGCAUCCUUGAGCAAGAACCAAAGCAGUUCAAUGAUUUCUUGUGCCACCUGUAUAAAUUCUGCCAAGAAAAAGACCUGAGAAGUUUUUGUCAAUAUCUUGCAUCUCAUGGAAUGAACUUGAUAACCAAGACGGAAGCUCCAGACAGUGAAAUUCCAGAACACGAGGCCAGAAGCUUUAUGGUCAAGCCUGAACCUGACUCGCAAAAUGUGGAAUCAGAGGCUAAAGCAGAGGAUGAUAUUAUGAGUAUAUUCCUGGGAGGAAAAUAGAAAAGGAAACCUAGAGAUGCAUAUUGUGUGAUGUACAGGCAAUUAGCAUUUUCAGCUAGAAAUGACACUUCGUAAAAAAGAUUCUCAACUUAUUUUGUGCAACGACGGAGAAGGGAGGUUUAGGAUAAGGGAAAGAAAUGAGAAGAUGAAUCUUAGACCUUGAUGAGCUUUAUUUUAUUAUUCCAUGCUCAAGUUUGUUCUUUUGGUUGUUCAAAGUCCAAUUUUUAUUUGCCUAUUUUGUCA